CAAACAUAUGGUUUUCAAAUCUACGUUUUCCAAUUCUCUAUUAAGCACCCGAAAUUCCCUUUUCGUUUUAUUUUGUUUGUUCAUUUCAAUAGAAAAUGUAAAGGAGGAAGGAAAAGCAAUAGCAACGGGAAACCCUAACCACGAUCUUCUUCUCCCUCUGUUUCUUGCAACACCCCUUCUCUGCGUGUUGCUUCACCCGGCUAAGUCAUCCUCUCUCCAGCCACGACUCGGAGCGGCGCGACACCUUCCCUCCGGCAUCCCAUUAUUGUCCUCGCCUGCGUGCUUCUUCGUUAACCACGCGACACUCCAAGUUCCGGCUACACCGGCGCACAAUCCUUCUGCGGCGGUGACCGUCGACGCGAAACCCACAACGUUGACGAUUUCAGAACCUACACGGUCUAAACACCUUGGCAGCGACAUUUUCCUCUCUUUCGGCGAGAUCUUGAUUUUCGAAGAAGAAUGGCAACGUUCGAACUCUACCGCAGAUCAACAAUCGGAAUGUGUUUGACUGAAACUUUGGAUGAAAUGGUCCAGAAUGGUACUCUUAGUCCUGAGCUUGCUAUUCAGGUUCUUGUUCAGUUCGAUAAGUCCAUGACUGAGGCUUUGGAAUCACAGGUGAAAAGCAAGGUGAUUAUCAAGGGGCAUUUACACACCUAUCGGUUCUGCGACAAUGUUUGGACAUUCAUUUUACAGGAUGCCUCGUUUAAAAAUGAGGAUUCCAAUGAGGUUGUUGGAAGAAUCAAAAUAGUAGCAUGUGACUCAAAGUUACUCUCACAAUAAGCUUUCAGACAUCAGGGUUUAUUGGAUGAAAAUUGCAUAAUUAUUUGCUGGUGAUGGAGGGAAGAAUAGUCAGUCACGGUGAGGAGGACAUGGCCAUCCGGGAAGAGAUUCAAACGUGAUUUUGUAAAUUCAGUCAGUUACAUUGACCAUACAUUUGACUGUAAUUGGCUUCUAAAGUUGAUUAGAUGAUAACAUUGAUACGACCCUUCUUCAAGUUCAAUGAUAAUAAAACAUAAUGAUAUAUGUUUCAAUGUUAUGCUAUUGAUUUUUUUUUUGUACUA